AUGUAGUGCAGAGCAGAGGAUCUCGAAAGGAGGAGGGAGCAGAGGAGUUGAGUUUGAGUUCACUGUUUGGACUGAACUUGAGGAGACGCGCCUAAAGGCCUCGGCGAAGACUGACGAGCGCGGUGUGGGUAAUGAGACAAGGAUUGGCGAUUAAAGAUUAAUCUGUCUGGAAGACACAAAGUGGGGGAGCUUUGAAUGAAUACCAAUCUCAGCAGAUCAACAGAAUGGAAAACCAGUUAACCGAUUCUUCUGAAGAACGUAUGUUUCAAUAUCAGAGUUCCUUGCCUUCACUGCCUGUUCCUCCUCUUGAUGAAUCCCUAACGAAAUAUCUUGAUGCAGUGAAACCUUUCCUAAAUGAAGAAGAGUAUCAAAGAACUCGGGACAUAGUCAGAAGAUUUGAGAAUGGCAUUGGAAAGGAACUGCAUAAAAAAUUACUUAAAAGAGCUACUUUGAAGAGAAAUUGGUUGGAAGAAUGGUGGCUGAAUGCAAUCUAUCUUGAAACCCGUUUAUCAACACAAAUCUAUCAUAAUUUUGGAGGACCAGGCUCUUUUCUUGAACAUUAUUGGCCAAUUAAAGAAGGGACUCAGAUAGAAAGAGGAUGCAUAAAUGUUUGGCACACUUUGAAAUUCUGCGAACAAAUGAGAAAGGAAAAGGUGGCUGUACAUAGAUCUGGCAAUAAGCCCCUGGACAUGGAUCAGUUUCGAAUGCUUUUUUGCACUUGCAAGGUGCCAGGCAUUGUUCAAGAUUCCAUUACUAAUUAUUUCAAAACAGAGAAUGAAGGUGAAUGUCCAUCUCAUUUGAUAGUGUUGUGUCAAGGCAGGAUUUUUGAAUUCAAUAGUUUACAUGAUGGUCAUACACUGAGCCCACCAGAGCUUUUUAGACAACUUUCCUACAUUAAGAAGAAAUGUGAGAACGAACCGGAAGGGCCAGGAUUGGCUGCCUUAACAUCUGAAGACAGAAUCUCAUGGGCAAAGACACGUGAUUAUCUUAUCAGACUUCAUCCAAAGAACCUUUCUCUGUUGGAAACAAUACAGAGUAGCUUAUUUGUAAUAUGUCUAGAUGAUUCAAAGCCUCAAGCUACACCUGAAGAUUAUACAGAGAUAACCAGAUUGGCACUUGCUGGGAACCCAACAUUACGGUGGGGAGACAAAUCCUAUAACUUAAUUGCCUUCUCAAAUGGUUGUUUUGCAACCAACUGUGAUCAUGCUCCUUUUGACGCCAUGGUUUUAAUAGCCACCUGUUCUUAUGUUGAUUCUAAGAUUAUUGAAACAGAAGGGAAAUGGAAGGGAUCGGACAAAGUACGCAAUAUCCCUUGGCCAGAGGAGCUUGUGUUUAAUUUGGAUCAGAAGGUGCUAAAUGGUAUUGCUUGUGCAAAGGAGCAAUAUUACAAGCAGACAUCUGACUUAGAGCUUGUGAAUUAUGCUUUUACAACUUUUGGGAAAGCACUGAUUAGGAAACACCACCUUCAUCCUGAUACAUUUGUUCAGAUUGCCCUCCAAUUAACUUAUUACAGAUGUCAUGGACACCCUGGUAGCUGUUAUGAAACUGCAGCAACCAGACAAUUUUAUCAUGGCCGGACAGAAACUAUGAGACCAUGCACCAUUGAAGCAAUUGAAUGGUGUAAAUCCAUGCUAGACCCUACAGUCACUCAAGGCCAAAGAAAACACCUUAUGUUAAAAGCAUUUGCAAGACAUAAUAAACUGAUGAAAGAAUGUGAGAAUGGAAGAGGCUUUGAUCGUCAUCUCUUAGGCCUCCAGCUCCUGGCGAGAGAGCAAAGUCUUCCAAUGCCAGAACUCUUCUUAGAUCCUGCUUUCACUAGAAGUGGGGGAGGUGGAAAUUUUGUUCUUUCAACUAGCCUGGUAGGGUACACAAGAAUUGCAGGAGCUGUUGUUCCAAUGGUAAAGCACGGUUAUGGCAUUAUCUACAGAAUUAGAGAUGACAGGAUUGUUGUUGCCUGUAGUGCUUGGAAGUCAUGUCCAGACACAGAUGCUGAAAAUUUUUGUAAGGAAUUGUUCCAGAUUUUUCAAGACAUAAUAAAAUUGAUGGCCACAGCCCAGAUGUAGAAAAAGUAUUAGAGUUACAGUGUCAUUUUUUUUUAUAAUACCACAUCUACUGAAAAUUUGAAUAUUAAAUCCUUACUUAAAAGGAAUGAUUGAAGUGGACAUGGUAUUUGAGUUAUAUAUAAGCCAGGCAUAAGUAAUGCAAACUUCUACUACAGUAACAAUGCAAUUUUCUUUGAAUAAUCUGAAUCAGCAAAGCAAAAUAUUAGAACUAUGCAAUAAUAAAUUAAAUUUUUAAAAUGAAAGAUUUUUUUCUAUAGAAAAAAGUUAAAUUAUGUAAUCUUACUAGCAGUAAAGAAUGCAAAAUCAUGUUCAAAUGAAUUCAAUUAAGUUGCUUUUUUCAGAAGUACACCAGACUGGGGAAGCUUGCUUUGAUUUACUACAGUGGAAAUCUAUAUUUUGAGCAACCAUUGCAUCAUGUAUUCUUUCUAUAUGAAAUGCAUAUCAUGGUUUUUUUCUUGCCUUCAAAAGUAAUCAAAGAGAGUAUUAGAAUGCUUAUGAAUUUAUUUCAGGUAACAUGGAGCUGUUCUCUUGUUUUAUACAGUGGGAUUGUUUAAAUGCAGGUUUUCUCUAUAAACUGGAAGAAGUGAUCAUUAAAGAUACUGUAUUUUCUUGCCAUUUCAAUGUAUAUCUCAGGACAACAUGCAUUCUUUGAAUCAAAUGAAAAUGCAAUUUAUUCUUGAAAUAAAGACAUUCCAAAGAG